AUAAUUUUACACCGCAAUAAUAUAAAAGUACAAAAGUCAUAUUUAUUAAAAAAUCACUUAAAAUAAUCCAAUUUUAAGAGCUCUUACUUAAAUUGAAAAGGUACCCUUUGCGUAAACUGAAUUUGAAAAUUGAAAUGUUUGAAAAGUGAUCUGUUUGAUGAGUUGCAGAUUUGACUCAAAAUACCAAUAAUCCGAAGAAGAUGAAUCUCUACGCCCACGACCUCUCUCUUCUCGACUUCAAUUAUGGCUUUUCCGAUUCCAUUGACGAUUCUUUUUCUCUUCGUCGAACUAUGCUUAAUUCCGCCCUCGCCCAUCACGACGAAGAUUUCUACUACGACCACCGCACUAUGCAUAAUAAUCUCGCUACCCCCAAGAAGCCUAUUGCUCCUCCUAGCCACCGCCACGAUGGCACUUCGCCGCUUCCUUUGGGUAUGGACUGGAGUCCUCCUCCUCGCAAAUGGGAAGGACGGGACUCUGUUUGGCCACAUGAUCCUCAUACAGGAUGGAGCUAUUGCUGCGUAAUUCCUUCUUGGACUUUUCUGCCCAAAUCAAGAGGUUCAGAACCUGUGGUGUUUUACAGGGUUCAAGUUGGUAUACAAUCACCAGAAGGUGUCACCACAGUAAGAGGGAUAUUACGAAGAUAUAAUGAUUUCUUAAAGCUUUUUUCUGAACUUAAAAAGGCAUUUUUCACAAAGGAUGUACCUCCAGCUCCUCCAAAGAAGCUCCUGCCAAUAAAAAGCCAGGAACAUUUGGAACAGCGAAGGUGUGCUUUGGAGGAUUGGAUGGAAAAGUUGUUAUCAGACAUUGAUUUAUCUAGAAGUUUCCAAAUAGCAGCUUUUCUUGAGCUUGAAGCUGCUGUGAGGUCUUCAUUUAAUGAUGUCGACAAGCAAAGUUCAGACGGAGAUUCUUCUACUAGUGGUGCGGUUCCACCAUUGUUGUUACAAGAGAACUCAGAUAUGGCAUCAAAUUAUGGUGACGAGAUGUCUUCUGAGAAAUCUGAAAUUAGAAUGACGCAUGAAGGGGUGGGAAGAAUUGUAGCCACAGAUCACAUAAGCGAGGAUAUUACUAAUGUUAAACUUCUUCACCUCAAUGGAACUGAGUUCAUUCCUGACCCAGUGGAUUCCAGAGCUAGUGGCCAUUCUCAGAGACUGUCAACAGAGAGUAUAGGAAGUGAAUCAAUUAGUGAUGCCGACCUUCCUGGAGGUCCAAGAAAUGCAUAUACUUCUGUUGACCCGGAUUUACGAUUUCCUAGAGGUGUAGUUGCUACCUUUCCAUCCGAUGAGAGACAUAAAUUGAACAGGGUCCUUAUGACAUUACAGCAGAGACUAGCAACAGCAAAAGCAGACAUGGAAGAUCUUAUAGCCAGAUUGAAUCAAGAAGCUGCCGUGAGACAAUAUCUUACAACAAAAGUCAAAUAUUUGGAAGUGGAACUUGAGACUACAAAGCAAGCUUGUACUGAAAAUAUACAACAGACUGUUUUCACUGAAAAGGAAAAAUUUACUCAAAUGCAAUGGGAUGUGGAAGAGUUUCAGAGGAAGUGCAUGCAGUUGGAGUUAAAACUGAAGUCUGAAGAGGAAGGGAAAAUUCGUGCAGAGUCAACGAAGAUGUUAAUCAUGGAUGAGAAUAAGAUGUUGUCACAGGAGUUGGAUGCCACUAAAGAGCAGCUUCAUAAUUUGCAGAAACAUCAUGAAGCUUUUGAGUUGAAAUCAAAGACAGAAUUAAAGCUACUUGUUAAAGAGGUCAGAUCUCUUAGAAAUUCUCAGUCAGAACUGAAGGAAGAGCUUAGUCAACAGAUGAAAGAAAAAUUGAAAUUAGAGAGGGUUCUUGAAAAGGAAAAGAAAAAGGCAGAACUUGCAAAUGCUGCUAAUGAGAAACUGCUGCAUGAAUGUGAAAUUCUUCGUACUAGGCUUGAGGAAUGUAGCGUUAGUUUCCUUGUUGAGGAGGAAGAUAAGUUAGUUUUGGACACUUCGUUGCCUUCUGACACUAUGGAUUUGCUAACAACAUCUGACAAUCGAAUUGGUCUCCUUCUUGCUGAGGCACAGCUCCUUGCACAGGACAUGGAAAAUGUUGACGAGUCACAUUUGGAGAAAGUCAACGGCAAUGACAACAAUUUGAGGAAAACUGAGGAUAAGUUGAGGCAGAUUCUAACAGAUACACUAGUUGACAAUGCCAUAUUAAGGAAGCAGGUCAAUUCAGUUAUACGAUGUGCCCUGAGAACAAGUUCUAAAGAUAAUGAUGAAGAAGAGGACUCCACUUCGAGGAGAACCGCUCUUAGCAAAUUUUUAGAAAAUUAACUAACGCUAAAUGUAUAUCCAAUCGUAUGUAAAUAAAUAAUUUCCCACAAUUUUAUUUGUUUUAGAAUUAUGGAUUGGAUGCUCGAAAUGCGCUCUGUGUAAUAUAAUUAGUUCUUAAUAAACAUAUUUAAAUAAACAUGCAAAUCAUAUCUUAUUUAA